AUGAGCAAAGAGAAAUCAACGGCUUCACAACCAAUGCUUCCCAUGGAAGCCAAAGAUCGUGCUCUCUCUCCUUUCUGCACUAACGGACAUCUUACAGUGACCCAACGGUACCAUCAACCAUCGUUACACGACUUCGUGGACCUGAAGGCCAAAGCCAGAGAUAAACCCAUUAACGGCGUCAAAACCUCCGAUGUAACUGUCGACACCACCCAAAACCUGUGGUUUCACCUCUAUACACCCACUGACACAACCCCCAUCGGUGGUGACGGUACCCUUCCCGUCAUCGUCUACUUCCACGGCGGAGGCUUCGCCUUCUUCAGCCCCAACUCCCUUUUCUACCACGAUGUCUGCCACAGACUCGCCCGCAAGAUUCCUGUCGUCUUCAUCUCUGUCAACUAUUGA